UUUGUAGUUGAAGCACAUUUGCCACCUUUUAAAAGUGAUCUCUGCAGCAUUCCAGAGCCAUUGAAAUAUUCGUCUUGACCUGGAUAGUCAGUUUCUCUGCUAGCACGGAAGAAGAUUUUUAACAUGAACGUGAUUUUAUCAACCACUCUUUGCUUUGGACUCCUAACUUUGUUAUCUGUAAUGAUCUUUUUAGAAUCGGUGCAUGGGGUGCCAUAUUUUAUUCAAGGAAAUGAAUUGCUUCCAGAUAAAGAAGAUACAGAUGGUGAAGAACUAUUGCUGGCUCUACUGAAUAAAAAUGUUGGCUUCCAAAGGCCUUCCAACAUUGAUAUAGAACUGGCUGACAAAUUGGAGGAACUUAACCAGCUGGAAAAGCUGAAAGAGCAGCUCAUGGAAGCAAAGGAUGCUGAGAUGUCCUAUGCGAUAGACGGUCUAUCUUCUUCCCAUCCUAAUAAGCGAGCUUGUUUUUGGAAAUACUGUGUCUAAAGUUUUUGCUCUGGGUGCAAAAAAGGAUAAGAAUUAGAAAAAGUUAUAUAUCUACCCACUCUACUGUUUAAAGAUCCAAGCUAUUUUAAGCAUAAAAAAAUAGUGGCAGUGUUUAUACAGCUUGUUACAUGCUUAAAGUUUAUGUUGCAAAUCGUAGUGACAAAUUAGCUGCACUUGAAUGGCAUGGACUAUCAGAAUGACUCUGUAGAGCUACAGUUGAGAGUGCUGUAUCUAUUGUAUGCUUUCCAUAAAUUCAUUGUCUACAUAUCAUUUUGU